AUGGUGUCCGAAGUGAAGUACUCGUGUACUGCUUGUGACGACUAUUUUGAUCUCGAAUCGGAUUGGAAGGUUCAUGAGACCAAUCAACAUUUCAAUGCCCAAAGCUGGAUAUGCUUCCCUUGUUUGAAGAAGGAAUCGCUGGCGCUGACAUUUCCUAAACCCGAAUGGCUCGCAGAACAUCUUACUCGGCAUCACGCUGGUGGAGAUCAUGCUCUCCUCGAAUACGUUACCGAGAAAGGCCAUGUCGCCUCUAAAUACGGUCCGAACUUUUGCGACGGGAAAGCGGAUUGGACGGUAUUUCUCGGGACGCGACGGCUUUUGAUACCGCAAGAAACACUCUGCUCUAUCCCCCACUCCCUUCGACACCAUAUAUUCCAGGCAUUCUGGCAAAAAGAGAAAGAUAUCCUCCGCUGUGACGAUGAAGAAUACAAAAUCAUGUUUCAGUUCCUGCUCCUAGAAGCGGAAAUGUUCGUCGACUACAAGAUGAGCCUGAAGAUGUACCGCAUGGCAGCCGCACACCAAUGGACUGACAUGAUGGAGAUGUGUCGCGACAUCAUCAUGUCCAGCGAAAACGUCACGCCGGAGGAGCUCCAGAGCAUUGCUUCAGUUGCUCUCAAAGCCGCAGAUGAUAAGUUGUAUAAUUUCUGGGCGUUGAAACAAGGCCGGGCGAGUAAACUCUUGUGGAUGUAUGAGGAAUAG